GUGAAGGAAUUUAUCACGCGGAUGGAAGGCUUCAGCACGAUUGAACUGGAUGUUGCCUUUGCCAACCAUCUGUCGCUAGACGAGGAACUGGACAAGAACAUCAAUGGGGAUAUCGCACUGUUCUCAAUCACGUUCACGCUUAUGCUCACGUAUGCAUGUGUUGCCACGAUGAAUAUGAGGGACGCGGUCAACCAGAGGGCGUUGUUAGGCGGGGCUGGCAUUCUGGCGGCCGGACUAGCCAUAAUCGCCUCUUUCGGCGUCUGUAUGGCUAUAGGACUGGAGUUUGUCAGUAUCGUUGGAGUUAUGCCGUUUUUGAUUAUAGGCAUAGGCAUCGAUGACAUGUUUGUCUUGCUGUCGGGUCUUUCGGGCGCUCAAGGCGAGGCUACUGUGGAUGACCGGAUGAAGGAGACAUUGCGGAAUGCUGGCGUCGGGGUCACCAUCACCUCGUUAACAAACCUAAUAGCGUUCAUGUCCGGGGCGGGAUCCAACUUCCUCGCCGUUAGGAACUUCUGUAUCUAUACGGGUGUGGCUGUGAUAAUCUGCUACAUCAACAACAUCACGUUCUUCGCCGCAUGUCUUACCAUCCACGAACGCCGAGUUGAAACCAACCGACACUUCUUCUUGAUGUGCAAGACUGUCCCGAGCACAGACGAGGCCAAAAAUAGUGGCCAAUCAAAAGCCGGCAUUUUGUGUUGCGCGGGAUCACGGCCUAGAAACCGAAAAGAAGCGGAAAGUCUUUUAGACAAGCUACCCAGUUGGCUUAUGCCAAAGAUCGUUCUAAAGACACCUUUUAAAAUAGGGAUUGUUCUCUUGUUUGCUGGUUAUAUGGCGGCUUCUAUAUACGGUUGUGUGCAUCUUAAGCAAGGACUUCUGUUUUCGCAACUCGUUUCAGAAAAAUCGUACUAUCACAAAUAUUCGAAGCUUCUCGAAGAUAAGUUCUCACGUCAGAGGGUCGUCGCCAUAGUAACAACACAUCCGUAUGCAUACAGCGAUGCCUCAACAGAAAGAGAUCUUAACGCGGCUUUGACAAAAGCGAAAUUAAAUUCUUACUUUGACCCGAAAUUCGAGAUAAAUUGGCUCAGUACGUACAUAUCAAGCGCCUAUUACAAGAACUCUAGCGAAGUUAACUUUAUCUCUGGACUUAAAACAUUUUUACAGGCUGUUCAGUACAGUCGAUUCGAGAAUGAUGUGGUCAUUGAUUCUGAUGGAACGUCAAUUAAAGCUUCCCGAGUGUAUCUUAUGUCUCGUGACUUAAAGGAUAGUCAAGAAGAAGGGCUAUUUAUGGUCGAAUCUCGUAAAAUUGCGGAUGAUGCGGAAUUAAAGUGUUUUGCCUACUCCCCUUUUUUUAUCUCCUUUGAGCAGUAUAUUCAAAUUUUACCACAAACUCUUCUGUCAACAGGUAUCGCAUUAGCCGUCGUGUUUGUUGUCACUUGCAUUUUCAUGCCUCAUCCUGUGUUGAUAAUAUUCGUAACGAUCGCCGUUACAAUGAUAAUGGUGGGUGUAUUUGGCUUUCUUCUUUACUUGGACGUCGCUCUCAGCUCCAUCACAAUGAUCCAUUUGAUCAUGAGCAUUGGCUUCUCCGUUGAUUUUACCGCCCAUAUAUGCCAUGGUUUUAUGACUUCGAGAGGCGAGACAAGAGAUGAAAAAGUAAGGGCUGCAAUUGACAAGACUGGUGCACCGAUAUUUCACGGCGCAGUUUCGUCUGUACUAGGAAUUAUAGUACUGGUUGCAGCUAAGUCGUACAUAUUUCGAACAUUUGCUGCCGUGAUGGGGUUCGUUCUAUUUUUCGGAAUCGCACAUGCGCUGUUGCUGCUUCCGGUUGUUCUGUCCUGGAUUGGUCCAAUGAGCUCUGAAGAUAAGAAGCCUCUCCAGCUGAAUGGGACACAUAAACGAGAAUCCCCUAUGGAAGAUCUGAAAGCAUAUGACGGACCAGAAAUUGCAAGUCCUGAAAAGAUCAAGCGCAAUUCAAGUCCGCCUAAAACGAGAGUGGGGCCUUCAUCUGAUGACAAUGCAGAUUUUGAAAAGAAUAAGCAAACUUAUAAAUUACAACUAAAUCCUGGUUCCACGAAGUGGAAGAAAGUUGAUCACAUUAAGUCAUAGUCAUUUUUAUUUAAUAGUUAUAUCACCUUGCCACUUUAUAUGAUGUAUGUUUUAUGUCAAGAACGUCAUUUCUAUAAAUUACCGUGCUUUUUUGCAUGAUUUCGUAUCGUCAUUAACUUGUGAUAGUUGUUAUCCCUCCACCUAUGUUAUCCCCCGCCAUAGGCGGAGGGAUAUUGUUUUGGUGUUGCCCGUCCGUCUGUCCGCUUUUCCGUCCGUCCUUCCGUCCGUCUGGCACUUUUGUGUCCGGAGUUAUAUCUUGGAAGUGCUUUGGCGGAUUUCAUUGAAACUUGUAUGAGUAUAUAUAUGGAGACGAGGAUGAUGCACGCCAAAUGGCAUUGUACACCAUCUGUUAAUAACGGAGUUAUGGCCCUUUCAGUCUUGAAAAAAAAUGAUUGUUAAUAUAAGCUUAGAGCUUUAUUUCCAUUAACACAUGAGCCAGAGCCAUGAAACUUGCCAUAGUUGUUCUCAAUCAUCUGGGGGUGCUUCACAUUUAACACCUAUAAUCCUAGGGGCUAUGGUCAUGGCCCAUUGUAUCUUGAAAAAUGCGUGUUAAUAUAAGCUUAGAGCUUUAUCUCCAUUGACACAUGAGCCAGAGUCAUGAAACUUGCCAUAGUUGUUCUCAAUCAUCUGGGAGUGCUUCACAUUUAACACCCAGUAUCCCAGGGGCUAAGGUCAAGGUCACACAUUGAGGUCAAAGGUCACAAAUUUGAUGAAUUAUUCAUUAUUUAGUCAUUCCUUUACUAUGCAUCAAGGGAUUCUGUAAUAACUGUCCCCAUUUUUUUCUCCAUUAUCUAACUGAGUGUCAAAUAUAAGAUCCAGGUUGCUAGGGUCAUGGACAAAGUCACACACAAAGGUCAAAAUCACACAUUUAGAUUAAAUAUGCCUUAUUUGGUAAGGAUUCUUCCAUGCUAAAAUGGAUUCUCAAAAUGUCCUGUUGUAAAUGUUCUCAAUUAUCAGGCAGUGCAAGACCUAUGUGUUUUUGACCAAAGUCAAGGUCACACAUCAAAAGUCACACAUUUGUAGAAAUAUUUAUUAUUUAGCAAUUAUUUUACUAUGCAUCAGUGGAUUCUGUAAUAACCUUCCAUAAUUCUUCUCCAUCUUUUUCCUUGCUGUGUGUCAUAUAUAAGAUUCAUGUCUAUGGUUAAGGUAAAGGUUCAUGUCUAGGGUUAAGGUCAACGUCACACACUAUACUUCAUGUAAGGUCAUACGAUUCACAUCAAGGGUCAAGGUUACACAGAUGCUUCAUGUAAGGUCGUACGCUAAACUCCUAAACUGACCAGAUUUUUUUCCAGAAUUGUGUAUACAUCUUUGUACUUAGAAAUUAAAGGUUAGAGAUUUUUGCUCCAACAAAAGAGAGCAGUAGCUGACUUGUCUGUCCUUCCUUCUCUUAUAAUUGUAUCUGGAGGAGGAUAUUAUUUUGGCGUUGUCGAUCCGUCCUUUUAUCUGGAUGAGAUUGUGUUGGCGUUGUCAAUCCGUCCAGAAAACUUUUGUGUCCAGAAGCACAUUGCGGAACUGAUUUCGUGCAUUUCAAUGAAACUUGUUUGUACAUAAAUGCAUUUCAUGUAUAAAAAAAUAUGCAUAAAAUGUUAUGUUUUAAGUUUUGGAUUUUCCCAAACUCUAAUGAUACACACAUGUUGGGCCCAUGUUAACCAACAAUUCUUAAUUUCAUGUACAUUUAGGCUAAUUACUCCCCCCCCCCCGCUAAAGGCGGAUGGAUAUAGACUUGGCGUUGUCCGUCAGUCCGUCCGUCUGUCACAAUUUUGAAAUUUGCGGGGGAUGUUAAAUUCAUCGAAUUUGCUUGUUUAUAUAUAUGUCUUAUGUUUAAGGCUUUUGACGUUAUUAUUAAAACCUCUAUUGAUCUUCAUUAAGCAUUUUAAGUGACACAUCAGGCGGAAAGAAAGAUAAUAAAGAUGCGCAUUGUGUUAAAUGCUAGUAAGCUGUCGGUUUAUGGAUAUAAUAGUCUGAUUAUUUAAAUUUCUUAUAAUAACUUCCUGAAAUCUACUAGUUUGAGGCCAAGAGACAUCACAAUAAACAAUACCAAAUAGGUCUACCCUGAGAUCUAACAUGAGAUAUGCAUAUCUGUUUCUGUUCUUUUAUUUUUCGGCGUCGCUGUCUAAACAAUCAUCUCACCUAGAUUUUUUGCGAUAAUUUAUGAAGCGCAAACAUUAAGCGUUAUUAGAAUUUGGCAUACAUUCUAAACCAGUUAAAACUAACUUCUGGCAAUUGUUAAACCACAACCAAUAGUUGUUGUAUACUUUAUGGAGAUAUAAAUAAAAAUUGUUUUAAAAAGCGGUAGAAAUAAAUUUUCAACACACCGCCUGAAAACAAAGGCGCCCAGCGUGGGACCGUGACACUGGCAGUUUUCCAUAGACCCUGUCCGUGGGUAUCUCGGGAUCAGUUGUAAGCUGUUCCAUGUAACUGUAAUUCGAUGACUAAUUCAAUCUUGGGAAGGGAUAAUAUCACAGUUUUGAACGUAAACGGUAUUGGUGAUUUGUGUGUAAGCAGCUUGGGUAGCUCACUCGGUAGAGCACUCGCCUUAAUAGCGGAAGGACUCGGAUUCGAGUCACAGACUGGCUGCACACUUUCACACUUUCAUACUUUCACCACUGUUUAUAAUUUCACAUUCCCCUUAUCUCAUGCAGUGUAUAUGUGUUGUUGUAUUUAAUGAAAGGUAUUUACAAUUAUCCUCUGAAACCACGUGAACCAGCGGGGUAAUAUGUUGUUUAUAACAUCUUAUUGUGGUCCUCUACAACGCUUGAUUAAAUCAUAUACUGGGGUUCCAAUUGGCUCCGCCUUGAGGGUAAUUUGUUUUCCUUGAAUGUAUAUAGUUAUAACUUUAAUAAAUUGUUUUUACCAAAUUCACAAGGCCCACAUUUUCGUAAUUUGUUAUUUAACAUCGUAUGCUGGUAUUUUAUUCAGUUUGUUCAAAUCAUGCCCAUGUGGUCAAUAUUAGCCAGGCUCUGGCGUUAACUUAGUAAUUGUUUAUGUAUUUAGUAAUUGCUAUCGGCCUCUUGCUUUUAUUAAAAGUUCAUUAUCUCAUGCAAUGUUUAUAGACUUGUACGGUUUUGUAUAAGCUAUUGGUCUCCCAUCCUUUCAAUAAAAGUCAUUAUCUUCUUAGAAUGUUUCUGGACUUGUAUUACCCGGUUUUAUAUUGGCUAUUUGUCUCUUGCAUUUAAUAAAAGUAAUUCUCUCUUUGCAGUGUUUCUUGACUUUAUUGUCCGGUUUGUUAUUGGUUAUUGGCCAAUUGUCUUUUCU